GUGCCGGGAAGUCCUGGUUGGCGCGGGAGCAUGGCGACUUCUUCAGUGUCCAAGGGUUGCUUUGUUUUCAAACCAAGUGAUUCCAGAAAGAGAAAAAUAUCUAUCACAGCUGACUACUUUCAUGAAGGCAAAGCUGUUUCAGAGAAUGACAAGUUGCGAUUUAGUACCUAUCAGUCACUAUGGCAACAGAUGAAAGAGGAAACGGAGAAGUUGCAAGAACACUUAAAUGUCAAGAUAUUUGAUAGCUUAAUUUCAUUUAUUAAAAAAUCCCACACUGGUGCUCAGACUGAAGUAAAUGAUUGGCGCUAUCGGAUGCGGUGUUCCGAGAUACCCACAGCAGCACUUGUUCUUGGUGUGAACGUACCUGACCACGAAUUGACAGUCCAGGGAUUAUCAGACCUUCUAAAGCAGUCAGUUACCCCUCAUGUAGUUUGUCUUCAGGGCAAGGAAUGUACAACUGUGAAGCAGGUUCUACAGAAGAUUCUAGUGACUCUCAUGGGUGGCGACAGCAAUGAUGAGGACGAGGAAGAGGAUGUGCACCAUUCUGUUGAGUUCCACCAGAGAAAAAUGAUCUGCUCCAUGGCUUCCUUGUGUAGGUGGUACAAUACCUUAACAAAGAAAUCUACCUCAAAAAGCCCAAGUAAAAAGAGGAAAUCCUUGCUUCAGCAUGAAGAGGCCCCUCCCAUAGUUAUCAUCUUAAAGGAUCUUGAGAGCUUUCUUCCUAAGGUGCUACAAGACUUCAUAAUCAUCGCCAGUAACUACAUCCAGCAUCUCCCACUGGUGCUGGUUUUUGGACUUGCCACGUCCCCAAUCACUAUACACCGAAUGCUGUCCCACUCGGUUUCCUCACUACUAUGCAUUGAACUGUUCCAGUCUCUGUCCUGCACUGAUCAUUUGGCUACAGUUAUUGAUAAGCUUGUGUUGACAGCCAAAUUCCCAUUUAAGUUGAGUGGCAAAGUGCUGCAAGUUCUGAAUAACAUAUUCUUGUACCAUGAUUUUUCUGCAAAGAAUUUUGUUAAAGGUGUUCAGCUAUCUCUGUUAGAGCACUUCUACUCUGAACCUCUUAGUCUUUUAUGCUGUGCGUUGAACGAAGCCAGUGCCAGGGUCCAGAACCUUACCCAUGAUGACUGUGAACUAGUCCGCCAGUUGUCAUCUUUUAUGGCUUACGUUGAUCGUCAAGAUUCAGAAAAGCAGAUUGACCUUUUGACUAAUGACCAGUAUUUAAAGAUUGCUGUAGAAGCACUGUUGACAAGCCUUCACAAUUACCAUAAGAAUUACUUCCCGGUCCUGAAAUGCUUGCACAUUUUUACAUCGUCGCUUCCAAGAUAUCCUUUGGGUAAACAGAUCAGAGAACUCUACAUCACCUGCUUAGAGUCAAACGUAUGGGAAAAUGAAGAGUACACUGCUGCUUUCCAACUGUUCAGAAUGAUGGCCAAAGAUGAGCUUGUACAUCUGCUUCAAAAAUGCUUAGAAGUGUUGCAGUCUUCUGAGCACAAAUCCCUCACUCAUUCCAUAGAAACACUGGAAGAUUUCCUUGCAAAGUUUCAGAAACUGGAUGAAGUUCCUGUGGAAGAUAUUGAAGAAGGUGAAGAACCCAAAGCAAGAUCGCAGAAAUCGCUACAGAAAAAGACUGAUCUCUAUCAGCUUCAAAAGACUUUAUUGGAAAUGAAGGAAUUAAGAAGAUCCAAGAAACCAAGCAAGUUUGAGGUUUUGCGAAUGGAUGUCCUUGAAUUUAUGGACAAACUUGUAAGGCAAUACCUUUUGCUACCGGAAACUCAGGCGCUCCACGAAGUUGUCUAUUUCAAAGCCGCUAGCACGCUUCGAAGACACUUGAAUGCAGCUCCACGUGCUGCCUUGCAGAUAGCUUUAAGUAAUCCAUAUCACUAUUUAAAGAAUGAAGCCUUGAAGAGCGAUGGAGGAACCAUUACUAAUGUCGCACCAGACAUCUGUAUAAUCUACAAGCUUCACCUGGAGUGUGGACGAUUGAUCAACCUCUAUGACUGGCUGCAGGCAUUUGCUACCGUGGUUUGUGCUGCAGAAGGGAAGGAUCCAGACAAAAUAAAUAACGGACAGGUGGAUGAUAUUCUACAUGCUCGUUUCAUUCGGGCAGUUUCUGAGCUGGAGUUCUUGGGCUUUAUUAAGCCAACAAAACAGAAGACUGAUCAUGUAGCAAGGCUAACAUGGGGUGGUUUCUGACUGUAGCUUUAAGUCUUGAAAAGAUUUCCUAUUGUAUUUAAAAUGUACCUAUGCUAGACCUGGAGAAUUUGCUAUGUUUGUACUAAUUAAUAAAAUGAUUAUUUCAGAUGUUGGGCUUUAAAAAAAAGUUUGUCUUCACAUUAACAGGCAGCAAGGGCCAGGCAUACAUUGUUAUACGUUUGUCAGACACCAACCUGCUGCAGAACUCUUUCUGCUUCCUUCUGAAUUAAUAGUACCAGGUAGCUAGGGAAUUUUAGGCACCUAUCGACAAAAAUACAAUUACAGAUAAAAGCUACUGCUUUAAAAUUAGCACAGCAUGGGUUUUGCAAUUGUGUAGUUUAUUCAGUGGGAAUCCCAACCAAAGGUGCCUUGUGAUGCAGUACACUUUUAUAGACUAUGCUCAUUCUUAGUCAUAUUUUCAGUAGAUACAGACAAUGUCAUGAAAUUAUCAACUUCGCAGCAGCACAACAAUGCAAUACAUAAUAAGAGGAAAAAAAUGUUAAGUGUGUGCCUUCAGGCUGCAGUACCUUCCUCCUAGCGGUAGCAAUAAGAGGGCAUACUACAGAGGCCAGUGGCCAUGAUGGGCAAUUCUCUGCAGCUAACUUUGAUACCGUGAAGUAGUAGCCCCCUCCCUCCCCCAACUCCAUACCAGAUGGUGAUGCAGCCAAGUAGAUAAAUAUUACCAUUAUUCAGAAUUGGUAUGCUUCAGAAGCUCUGUGUAAAAGGUAUAAGGAACAUACCCUGUGAUAAACUAUUCAUCUCUCUAUUCAAGGCCAAAUCCUAAUCAUCUGCGAGAGUCAUUGCUUGAGUCAGAGCAAAUGCAAAUCUAUUCAUUUUUAUGACUUACUUGCUGUAAAUCAAUCAUUUUAAAACUGUCCUAAAACACGAGACUAAUACCCUUAGAUAAUGUUUCAAAAUGAGGGAGUUUAAAUAAAGAGCUUUUUAAAAUAUUCACAGGUUAGUUCUGAUGAAAGGGUCAAAACCAGAAAGAUUCCCUCCCCCCAUUCAUUUUGUACUGCAACCUUAGUUUGUCCAAUUAGCACUUUAAGGUAAACCAAAGAGUUCUGAUCUGAUGGCAAUUUUUUAAAUGGAUGGGUGGGUAUCUGACAAUGCAACCUCAAAGCAAUUGGGUAGAUAAUAGACAAUCUCCUUAACUAUUUAACAUCUUCUAGUCAACAUUGUAGGAGAUCCAUUAUAGUACUGAAACAUGAGUAUUACACAAAUAUAUUUUGACAUCACAGCUAGAGCAAUCCAAGUUAGUGUUUUUCUUUUCGUUUGGGGGGGGAAGAAGAGAGGGAGAUAGUCUUUCUUUCUACUGCUUCUAUGGCUUCCCUGUAUUUUAUGGCUAUCUGAUGAAUUGCAUUCUGCAUAUAUACUUUGAUAAUAAAAUGAAUCUUUGAACCUUUAUUAAAUUUCAGUACAAAGAUAAUUAGUUUUUUUUGGGAGGAAUAGUUGAGUUUCAGCAGAUGACAGUUCACAAAUUCAUUUUGUAUAUGCACCCACUAUAUCACAAAUCCAUUCAGCAACAGGCCAAGUCCCCCUCCCUUGCCAUUUGUUGAAACUUUUGACCAAAGGUUAAUCAAUAUUGUGUUCCAAUUUUCCUAGGUAAUGUCCUGAAAGAACAUUCUCUGGUCCUAUGGGAGAAAGCGUGAAUUUUGGUCAUAUUUAGAAUCAGAUUUAUCAUUGAGUUUGAUGACAUGAAAUUUGUUUUGCAGCAGCUGUAUAAUACAAAGUCUAAAAUACCAUGAAAUAAAAUAGUGCAUAAAGAAUGAGGUAGUGUUCUUGGUUUAUUCAUAAAUCUGAUGGAAGAGGGGAAGAAUCUGUUUCAAAUUACUGAAUAUGAACUUUUAGCAAUCUGCUGCAUUGUAAACUGGAUACCCAAUUAUUUUCAAGUCUCAGAUCCUUCGGUUGAGCAGUGUACAAUCACUAAAGAAUAGCUAAUUUCUAGAAAACAUACUGACUUCUACAAAUGAGUUUAAUUUUGGCACCAUACUCAGCAAAGACAUUAUGGGCUAGCGACCUUGUUCCUGUGCUGCACUGCUCUGUUGGCAUCUAAUAUUAACAAAGGUAUUGAACCAAAGUCGAAAUAAAGUCAAAGAAAUUAAGUAUUUCAAAUUUGCAGCAACUUCAGCAGAUAUCUUGUGU